AUGACCAAGCGAACAAAGAAGGUCGGUGUUACCGGUAAAUACGGUACCCGUUACGGUGCUUCCCUGCGAAAGCAGGUCAAGAAGAUGGAAGUUACCCAGCACGCCAAGUACACCUGCACUUUCUGCGGAAAGGUCACCGUCAAGCGACAGGCUACCGGCAUCUGGGAUUGCAAGUCUUGCAAGCGCACUGUUGCUGGUGGUGCUUACACCGUUGCCACACCUGCCGCCGCUGCCAUGCGAUCGACUCUGCGACGUCUCCGAGAGAUUGCUGAGGUUUAA